AUGGUUCUCUUUGCAAAUGUGAUGACGGAUUGCAUGGUCUUGGAUGUCAGAACAAGUGUGGUAAUUGUCAGAACAAGGUGCCCUGCAACAAGGUUUCCGGACUCUGCCCUGGUGAAUGUGAACCCGGAUAUAAUGGAACUAUGUGCAAAGACGCCUACGGACCUUAUUGUGAACAAACAUGUCAUUGUCUGGAUGUGCCUUGUGACACAUUUACUGGUAACUGUGGAACAGGAUGUAAGAGUGGCUGGAAAGCUGCUGCGUGCAAUCAAACCAAAUGUGAUUCCGUCUAAGCUCAUAGGACCAGCUGUUGGUGGUUCGGUUGGGGCUAUUGUUGUUAUCGCAAUCAUAAUUGUAUUUAUGAUCGCAAUUAGAAGGAGGCGUUCAACGCCAACUAAAAGACAUCAGUUCGACGACAUUCCUGUUGCAAUUCAGAAUAACACAGAUUUUAAAAUCGACAAAACACCGACAACGUCAAAGAAUAAACCUCUGAAAGGCCCAACUGGAGCUGUGUAUGCAAACACAGGGUCUCCAGAAGAAGACGGCCUUAACUACAACAGCGAACCGCUACAUAGAGAACUAAAGCGUACUGAAAUACGUCUCAUUGCUGUCGAUAAACUGCGAAAGUUCGUACGAGACAACUACCAGAACAAAACAAUCUUCCAGCAAGAAUUCGAUAAAAUACCAUAUGGUCUUCAACAUCCGACGAUUGUGGCAUCUUCAGCCACGGACAAAAAUAGAUACAAGGAGAUGUAUGCAUACGACCAUUCUCGAGUGAUUCUCAGAAGAAUCGCCGAUGAACCACAUUCCGACUACAUCAACGCCUGCCAUGUCAAUGGCUACACGGAAGAAAAAAAGUAUAUUGCGUCCCAAGGUCCGGUCAACCCAAUGGUAGGCGAUUUUUGGAGAAUGGUGUGGGAACAAGACGUCUGUAUUAUAGUUAUGACUACGAAACUCGUUGAAGAAGGAAAGAUGAAAUGUUUGAAAUACUGGGGCGAAAGCAAACCGAUAAUACACGGCACCUUUGCGGUUACACUUUCAGAAGAAAAAGACUAUUCAUGUUAUACAAUUCGAACGAUUACUUUGCAUGAAAAGGAUAAACCACACGUUUCUCGCAUCGUGACCCAGUUUCACUACACUACUUGGCCCGAUAAAAGCGUGCCAAACAGCAGCACAAGCCUCGUUCAAUUCUGGAGAAAGAUUAGGUGUCAAAAAAGAACAACCAAACAAGCAUGGCUAAUACAUUGCAGCGCUGGUGUUGGGCGCACCGGGACCUUCAUUGCAAUGGACUAUCUCUACGAUCAGGGAAAGGAGACCGGGAACAUUGAUAUCCCACAGUGUGUGACCAAUCUGCGCGCUCAUAGGGUCAACAUGGUGCAGACUGUCAGUCAGUACCGAUACCUGUACAAGCUGAUUCUUGAAAUGUUGGUACUGCCUUCCCAACCCGUGACUACCGAGCAGCUAAGUGGAGAGAAUAUGGGGCUCAAAGAACAGUAUUUAGAUUUAAGCACCGAGGAGUCACUGUUUCCAGACGAUAACACCUACUAUUCGGCAACGACCAAUGAGAAUCAGUCAAAAAAUAGAUCAAUGGACAUCCUGGCUGGUGAUAAUUAUCGCCCAUAUUUGUCAUCACACAUUCCGAACACGACCGAUUACAUCAAUGCUGUGAUAAUGCCAAGUUACAAGCUGCCGACAAGAUUCAUCAUCACACAAGCUCCUCUAGAACAAAGUUUUGUGGACUUCUGUAGACUUAUAUGUGAGAAGGAAAUUGAACUGAUUGUUUCCGUUGAUGAUUCCAUGUCUGAGGAAGAAAAAUGUCUUCCAGGCGAAAACGAAACAAAGUCGAUUUCUGGUAUAAGAUUGACUGGUGUAUCUUGUGAACCGAAAGACGGACCAGACUUUUAUACAGGAUCGUUUGACCUUAAUCUUAAACAAAGGACACACAGAUUUUCACAGAUAGUGUACACAGGUUGGUCGGAAAACAUGGAACUGCCCCAGAGUCCUCGAUCAUUUAUGGAUCUGUUGCGCCACGUACGAAAUGUUACAAGUGAAGCACCCAUCCUAGUCCAAUGCCUAAAUGGUGCCGACAAAAGCGGUCUGUUCGUGGUGAUAUGGACGCUUCUGGAACACUUGGAGAUUGAUGGUGAGGUCAGCAUACCACGUGUCGUCAGGCACCUGAGGCUGAGGCGAAAACAGAUUGUACCAACCUUCGACCAGUUCAAGUUUUGUGCAGACUGCAUUGCCAAAGAUGAUGCGAACACAUACGUAAAUUUUCAGAAAAAGUCGUCAUAG